UUGGAGACGCUGUGGUGGUGGUGCAAUUUCAUCAUCUCUUCCUCAAUCCUCUCGUCCUCUCCUCCCUUUUUUUUUUUUGCUGCAGAGACCUCGCAGAUUCCGAUUUUUAGAGUCCAAAGCAAGAGAAGCGUAGUUGAUGGCAUGCCUUGAAUUGGACUCUUCACAAUUCUUAUUGGAUGGCACUGUGAUCGACGGCUCAUUUGAUAUCCGUCUUGAGUGCAGCAGCUUGACAGGCUCCAAAGCUGUGGCAGAUCAUAGCCGAUAUAGUCCUCCACAGUGCAGCAAUGCCCCUGAUCCACCUCCAUUACCCGGAACUUCUCAUGGCACACCAAGAACUUCCAGCAAUACAAAGGCUUGCAGGUGUGUCCCUGAAGAGGUCCAGGAUUUCUGGGACAAGUUGUUCUUCGAAGCCUAUCAAUAUGAUCUCCGUAUUUUGACAGAUGAUGGGAAUGAAAUCAUGUCGCAUUCAUGCGUUGUCGGUAUUAAAUCGCCUGUUCUAAGAGCUAUGUUGGAAGAAGCUAAAGUACAAGAUGGUAUCCGACAAAUCCUGAUUCCUGGUGUGCCAUCAGAAGCAGUCCAUGUUUUCAUCAGAUUUCUUUACUCUUCACGUUUUGAGCAGUAUCAGAUGAAGAGGUAUAUACUUCAUCAGCUUGUACUCUCCCACGUUUUCUCAGUACCACCUCUGAAGAGUGUCUGCAUCAACCAACUGGAGAAAUCUUUUCUUUCUCCUGAGAACGUGGUGGACAUACUACAACUUGCUAGACUGUGCGACGCGCCGCGGCUCUCCCUCGUUUGUACUCGUAUGAUCAUCAGAGAUUUCAAGACGAUCACUCAGACAGAAGGGUGGAAGGUAAUGAGACAAGCCAACCCAAGCCUGGAGCAGGAGCAGCUUGAAUCCCUCGUUGAAGAAGAUACAAAAAGGCAAGAGAGAGCAAGAAGAUUGGAAGAAAAGAAGGUUUAUCUGCAACUGCAUGAAGCCAUGGGAGCUCUUGUUCAUAUAUGUCGAGAUGGAUGCAGGACGAUUGGCCCUCGAGAUCAAACGCUCAAGGGCAGCCAGGCCAUCUGCAGGUUUCCUGCCUGCAAGGGCAUCGAGCUGCUUCUGCGGCAUUUCUCAGCAUGCAAGACGCGGGUACCUGGUGGCUGCGCCAGCUGCAAGCGCAUAUGGCAGCUUCUUGAGCUGCAUUCUCGCAUGUGCUCUGCACCUGAAACUUGUCAGGUUCCCCUCUGCAGGCAUUUUAAGGAGAAAAUGCAGCAUCUGAGCAGAAAGGAAGAGGCCAAGUGGAACCUUUUGGUGUCCAAGGUGCUGGAGAGCAAAGGAACAAUCAGCUCAAUCUCAGAAAGAAGAAAAAUUUUAUCCCUGAAAAAUAAUGCUAUGUUCUAAUCCUCCCCGAUAUUAUGCAACCAGCACAUAAACUCGAUGUAAACUGUCAACAAUAACAUGACAUUCUGAAAAGGAACAAACGAGAAAAACUGUCUGCCGACCUACUGCCUGAUUACUGCCACUUAGCCCCUAGUGCUCUGUAUCCUCUACUAUAAUGGCACUGCCAAUUAAAACCAUUGACAUA